UUUGUUUCUUCUAAUAUAGAGUGAUAAGUUUUUCACGAAUUUAGCGUUGCAACCGAUUCUCUACUACUAUAAAUUAUAGGUAGCACAGACUGCAUUUCAGUGUUCAAAUAACAGCACAACAACUGACUCAAAAGUUGCCAAAUCUUCCAACCACGUUGUUCAAGAAAAAUAGAUACUCUGAUUACAAACUCGCACAGUUUAUUAUAAAAAGUCACCAAAAAUAUGGAUACGGACAAGAAGAUAACACCUAAAGCAUAUGCUCGACGUGUCCAUCAUCCGCUCGAAGACAGGCUCCUACCCUUCUCUGCAUAUUGCGGAACACUUGAUCUAAGAAUUAUGAAGAUCCUGUUCUACGUGGCUUUAAUCCUGUCCGCAAUGGCAGCGUACGUGCAAGCAUGCAUUUCAAAUGGCGGUGCAUGCCAGGCUGACGGCAGUUUGGGGAAUUGUUGCUCUGGUUUCUGCUACCAGCAAGCAGGAUGGGCAGAAGGCUACUGUAAAAACCGCUAGACAUUCUUUUUGCUUGGAUGUCUAAAUAAAUCUCAAUGUAUGAAUGCUAAGUGAAUUCAAUAAAUAUGUAUACUUGGUAA